AUGGCUCGUCAUCAAAUGAUUCCCGGAACUGAUAAAACUGAGUGCCAAAUGUUGAAACUCUCCAGAAAACGCCAGGCUCCUGAAGGCAAAGGUCAAGCGAGUCAAGAGAGAGCAACAAGAACAACAACUGAAAUCCUACCGGAGGAGCGCACGUCUAAGCAGAAAAACUGCAUCUGCAUCUAUAUGCACACUUCUUUCAAUAUGGCUGAAUGA